AUGGGAAAAGAAAACCAAACCUAUGUGACUGAAUUUAUCUUGCUUGGCCUUUCUUCAGACCAGCAGAUGCAGAUACUGCUUUUUGUGAUAUUUCUCAUCAUUUACUUGCUGACUGUGUUUGGGAAUCUUCUCAUCAUACUACUAAUUCAUUUUGACUCUCAACUUCACACACCAAUGUACUUCUUACUUAAAAAUCUGUCAUUUACUGAUCUUUGCUUCUCUACAACUAUUGUUCCCCAGCUGCUAUUCCAUUUGCUGGUCAUGAGAAAGACCAUCUCUUUCAUGAGGUGCUUGAUUCAGAUGGUUUUUUUCCUUAUAAUGGGUUGCACAGAGAGUUCACUUCUAGCAUCAAUGUCCUAUGACCGCUAUGUGGCUGUCUGCAAACCCCUGCACUAUUCUACCCUCAUGUCCCAGAGGGUUUGUGUUCAACUAGCCAUAGGGUCAUGGGCCAGUGGAGUAUUUGUGUCCUUAGUAGAUACCACAUUCACUUUAUGUCUUCCAUACCAUGGACAGAAUAUAAUUAAUCAUUAUUUUUGUGAGCCUCCUGCUCUCCUGAAGCUGGCUUCAGCAGAUACCUACAGCACAGAAAUGGCCAUCUUUGCAAUGGGUGUGGUCAUCCUUCUAGGUCCUGUCUCUCUUAUCCUUUUUUCCUACUGGAAUAUUAUCUCCACUGUGAUUCAGAUACAGUCAGGGAAAGGAAGGCUCAAGGUUUUCUCUACCUGCAGUUCCCAUUUUAUUGUUGUUUUCUUCUUCUAUGGGUCAACAAUAUUUACCUACAUGCAGCCUAAUUCAAAGAAAAUGAAUGAAGGGGACAAGGUUAUCUCAGUGUUCUACUCAGUCAUAACAUCUAUGAUGAAUCCUUUCAUUUAUAGCCUAAGGAAUAAGGAUGUGAAGAAGGCAUUUAGGAAAGUAUUUGGAAGAUAG